CUCGGUCUGGCAGUUUCGAGUUUGGAGGCGGAGGCGCGCAGGGCAGCCUGGGUCCAGCCCACACCCCUCACCAGGAGGCACCAUGUGGGGAUGUCGGCUGGGGCUGCUCUUGCUGCUGCUGCUGGCUGGCCAGGCUGCCCUGGAGGCCCGGCGGAGUCGUUGGCGCAGGGAGCUGGCGCCAGGGCUGCACCUGCGGGGCAUCCGGGACGCCGGUGGCAGAUACUGCCAAGAGCAGGACAUGUGUUGUCGCGGCCGGGCCGACGAGUGUGCCUUGCCCUACCUGGGAGCCACCUGUUACUGUGACCUCUUCUGCAACCGCACCGUCUCUGACUGCUGCCCCGACUUCUGGGACUUCUGCCUCGGGAUUCCACCCCCCUUCCCUCCCGUCCAAGGAUGCAUGCAUGGGGGCCGGAUCUACCCAGUCUUCGGAACCUACUGGGACAACUGCAAUCGAUGCACCUGCCAUGAGAAAGGGCACUGGGAAUGUGACCAGGAGCCAUGCCUAGUGGACCCAGACAUGAUUAAAGCCAUCAACCGGGGCAACUACGGGUGGCAGGCUGGGAACCAUAGUGCCUUCUGGGGCAUGACUCUGGAUGAGGGCAUUCGCUACCGCCUGGGCACAAUCCGUCCAUCUUCCUCUGUCAUGAAUAUGAAUGAGAUUUAUACGGUGCUGGGCCAAGGGGAAGUGCUACCCACUGCCUUUGAGGCUUCCGAGAAGUGGCCCAACCUGAUCCAUGAGCCACUGGAUCAGGGCAAUUGUGCAGGUUCCUGGGCUUUCUCCACAGCAGCUGUCGCAUCUGACCGCGUCUCCAUCCAUUCUUUGGGACACAUGACACCCAUCCUAUCACCGCAGAACCUGCUGUCCUGUGAUACUCACCACCAGCAGGGCUGCCGAGGUGGGCGUCUCGAUGGCGCUUGGUGGUUCCUGCGGCGCCGAGGGGUGGUGUCUGACAACUGUUACCCAUUCUCCGGCCGUGAGCAGAACGAGGCCAGCCCCACUCCUCGCUGUAUGAUGCACAGCCGCGCCACGGGGCGGGGCAAGCGCCAGGCCACUUCCCGCUGUCCCAAUAGUCAAGUUGUUUCCAACGACAUCUACCAGGUCACACCUGCCUACCGCCUGGGCUCCGAUGAGAAGGAAAUCAUGAAGGAGCUAAUGGAAAACGGCCCCGUUCAAGCACUCAUGGAAGUGCACGAGGACUUCUUCUUGUACCAGAGUGGUAUCUACAGCCACACGCCUGUAAGCCAGGGGAGGCCGGAGCAGUACCGCCGACAUGGAACUCACUCUGUCAAGAUCACAGGGUGGGGGGAAGAGACUCUGCCAGAUGGAAGGACAAUCAAGUACUGGACUGCUGCCAACUCCUGGGGCCCAUGGUGGGGUGAGAGGGGCCACUUCCGAAUCGUGCGUGGCUCCAAUGAGUGUGACAUCGAGACCUUCGUGCUGGGCGUCUGGGGCCGCGUGGGAAUGGAGGACAUGGGACACCACUGAGUCUCAGCCACUAGGCUAGGUGGGAUCCACAGCCACGGAAGAGACCUUGGGGGCCACGCCCGAUGAAGCCUUGGGUGCACUCCGGGACCAGGUGCUAAUCCCCUCAGACUCAGAUCCGUGCUAAGGCAGAAUCCCACCUGGGAGCCAAAGAUGCAUGAGGCUGGUGGAAGCCCCCACAUAUCACAGCUGGGACUAAGAAGUGCCCGGUUUGAAAACUGCAGGGAAUAUAGAUCCCAGGCCCCUGGUUGGCCAGCCCAAGACCACGGGAGCUAAGAUACCAAACUUCUCCAUCCUCCUACCCACCCUCUUUCUCACCUUUUCCUUCCUUUUGGUGGAUUCUGCCCAUCUCCCUGGCCUCCAUUCCAGCUGUACCUUUCCAUUCUCAGUACUGCUUUCUUAUUCUUUCAAGAUAUUUAUUUUUCUUUUCAUUAAAAUAAAACCAAAGUAUUGAUAAUCACA